AAAAACCUUUUGUGUGAAGUAAAUUUUGUUUCCAAUUACAAAAGAAAAUUAAAAAAAAAUUAUUCCAAAUAAAAUUAAUACUAACCACACCAUCCCUCCAGCACGUAUUUCUUUCUUUCCCCCAAAAAAAAAGUAAGAAAUGAAAAUAUAACAAAAAAAACUUAUAAAAGAAAAAGCAUAAUAAAGAAAAGUAAUAAACGUGGGUAACACCCUCAUUCUGCUGCAAAAAAAAAACUCUAAAAAAUGACAUCAAAAUCAAAUGGAUCUUACCUACCAGUUCCAGAAAUUCGUGAAGAUACUAUAUUACAACAUUCUUAUAAAUCCAAUGUAAACAAAGAAGAUCCCUUUCGAAUGAAACCACCAAAACUAAAACCACGUUAUCAUGAUUUCAAUCUAAAUCGCAGUCAAAACUCUUUAUCCGCCCAUGCCAUAUCAUUCAAAGAAGCCAGUGGCUUAAUUGUGAGUGAUUCUUUGCUAUCUCCUGUUUAUAAUCGAAGUUCUGAAGAAACUUAUUUCGAACAAUGUUUUACAAAAAUCUCAAAAAUUGGUGAGGGAUCCUUCGGAGAGGUUUUUAAAGUCCGUUCAAAAGAAGAUGGUCUUUUGUAUGCUGUAAAAAAGUCGAAACAGUUUUUCCGUAGUGAAAACUAUCGCCACGAACGUUUGGAAGAAGUCAAACGUUACGAACAGUUUUCCGACCACGAAAACUGUGUUCGUUUGUAUAAAGCUUGGGAACAAGACGAUAGAUUGUAUAUGCAAAUGGAAUUGUGUCAAGAAUCACUUGAUCAUUAUUUGGGGGUAAAAAAGAGAAUUCCUGAAGAAAAAAUCUGGUCAAUUUUACUCGAUUUGUUGUUGGCUGUUAAAAGUCUUCAUGAUAAGAAUUUAAUACAUUUGGAUAUUAAAUUGGAUAAUGUUUUAAUUGGAGAUGAUGGGAUAUGUAAAUUAGCUGAUUUUGGACUUGUUAUUGAUGUGGAUCGAGCAAAUCGUCAUGAAGCUACAGAAGGUGACUCUCGUUAUAUUGCUCCAGAAUUAAUGCAGGGACAUUUUUCUAGAGCAGCUGAUAUAUUUAGUUUGGGCAUUGCUAUGUUGGAGUUAUCGUCUUAUAUUGAAUUACCACCAAAUGGACCGUUAUGGCAAGAGUUAAGGAGUGGAAUUUUGCCAGAGGAUUUUAUUAAACCAAUAUCACCAGAACUGAAACAAAUGAUCAAAUCAAUGAUGACACCAGAUGCAAUGGCCAGGCCAACAGUAGAUGAAUUGCUUCGCAAUAGAAAAUUAGUUAAUCUCCUUCAAAGACGACGAAGGUGGGAUCUCAUUAGGAAAGUUAAACAAUCAUAUCGAAAGUCCAGACGUGCCGUUUGGUCAAAAUUGUGCAAUUUUAGAAAUUUUAUCUGCAGAUUUUUGUUUUCGUUGAUAACGAAUUUAAAAUUAAAAGAACCACCAACAACAGAUAUAAGAACAACAACAACAACAACGACGACAGGAAGAGGAGAUAAUAAUUUGGCAAAUAUGGAUAAUAGCUUUGCUGUAGAGAAUUCAUUUGAAAUUUCUUACAAUCAAGCAACGCCCACACACUUCGGUGAUGCUGCAAUGAAAAUUGUCAAUUCAACGCCAUUAAAUCAUCAUCAUCAGAGUUUUCGAUCGCGUAAAGAUCUCACAAAGACUAGUUUUAGACUUGAUUCAACCGAUACCAAACAAGAAAGCAGCAAUAUUUUGAGCUUCGAAGACUACGACAUAGCCCCGCACAGUGUCUCUUUGGUGAGAAACCAAUUGGAUGUAUCUUCGUUGAGAGGAAAAAAAUUAUUUUCAAAAGCAGAUGAUUCUGAUUCCGAUUGAAAAUAAAAAAUUUCAAUUUAACUAUGAGGAAAACUAUAUAAAAAAAAAGAAAAAAAAAAAACAAAAAAAAAUAUAUAUUUUUUAAAUUGAUAAAAAUAUAAAGUUAGUAUGUCACGUUUGUAUAUAAAAAUAAGUAUAAAUAUUUACCUAUUUACCAUAAAUCUGCUGUUUCUUUGUCUAUCUUAGAAUACACAAACUUAAUAAAAUCUGUCUCAAUUGUUUUCUAUUUUUUUUUAUACUUUAAUUAAAUUUUUUUUUAUCAAUUUUGUUAAUUGUGUAUUAAUUUGUAAGCAAAACUCAUGUUAAUCUUGUUGAAAUGGGUUCUAAAACAUUGAAAAAUUCAAAACUCAAAAAAGUCUUAAUUAUGAAAGAAGUCUUAUUAAACUAAAAACAAAUUAAAUAAAUGUUGCACUGUUUGUGAUAUAUAUGA